AUGGGCCCAGUCAGCUUCUUCCUCAAGACCACCAGGACCCCCCCCAACCCCUGCCAACAUGCUCCCCGAGUGCGCUCCAGGCCCCCCAACCUUGACAACCCCAUUGCGGACGGCAGGCUGUGCGCACUGAAAAGAAAAACAGACGGGCGCCUUGAGGAGGCCACCCGGGACACUCCCCCCAAAACAAGUGGCUCUAGCUCAGACCACUCCACAGGAGUCCAAACACACGUAGCGGGGCGGGACUUCCACGUGAACAAAGCGACCCGCGUCCCCCACCGGGAGCGUGGCGUCAUCACGUCCUCACGUCCACAGCUCCUCCUGCGCCGCCUCGGCGGGAGCCUGCAAAGAUGCAACGACGCUGAGCUGGUUUCCAGAGUUAGCCCGUCCCAUCAGGCAGUGACCCAGGAUCUGUCACGAACAUCAACAGCCUCAACCACCGGCCUCCGGGCCACCCUGACGCCCACCGUGCUGGCCCCGCGCCUGCCGCAGCCGCCGCAGAACCCUACCAACAUCCAGAACUUCCAGCUGCCCCCAGGUAUGGUCCUCGUGCGCAGCGAGAACGGGCAGCUGUUAAUGAUCCCUCAGCAGGCACUGGCCCAGAUGCAGGCGCAGGCCCACGCCCAGGCCCAGCCUCAGACCACCAUGGCGCCCCGCCCUGCCACCCCCACAAGUGCCCCUCCCGUCCAGAUCUCCACCGUACAGGCUCCCGGGACACCUCUUAUUGCCCGGCAGGUGACCCCAACCACCAUAAUUAAGCAAGUGUCUCAGGCCCAGACGACAGUACAGCCCACCACCACACUACAGCGCUCGCCCGGCGUGCAGCCUCAGCUUGUCCUGGGAGGCACUGCCCAGACAGCGUCACUAGGGACGGCGACAGUGCAGACAGGAACACCUCAGCGGACGGUCCCGGGCGCAGCCACCACCUCCACAGCUGCCACGGAAACUAUGGAAAACGUGAAGAAAUGUAAAAAUUUUCUGUCGACGUUGAUAAAGCUGGCUUCGUCCGGCAAGCAGUCCACGGAGACGGCGGCCAACGUGAAAGAACUCGUGCAGAAUUUACUGGAUGGAAAAAUCGAAGCAGAAGAUUUUACUAGUAGGUUAUACCGAGAACUUAAUUCUUCACCUCAACCUUACCUUGUGCCUUUCCUGAAGAGGAGCUUACCCGCCUUGAGACAGCUGACCCCUGACUCCGCAGCCUUCAUCCAGCAGAGCCAGCAACAGCCGCCACCCGCCGCACAGGCCACCACAGCGCUCACGGCGGUGGUGCUGAGCAGCUCCGUCCAGCGCACGGCCGGGAAGACGGCGGCCACCGUGACCAGCGCCCUCCAGCCCCCUGUCAUCAGCCUCACGCAGCCCACACAGGUUGGCGUUGGCAAGCAGGGGCAGCCCACAUCGCUGGUGAUCCAGCAGCCUCAGAAGCCAGGAACCCUCAUGCGCCCUCCCCAGGUGACGCUGACGCAGACGCCCAUGGUUGCCCUGCGGCAGCCACACAACCGCAUCAUGCUCACCACGCCGCAGCAGAUCCAGCUCAACCCCCUGCAGCCAGUCCCUGUGGUCAAACCUGCUGUGUUACCUGGAACCAAAGCUCUUUCCACCAUCUCCGCACAAGCAGCGGCCACACAGAAGAAUAAGCUCAAGGAGCCUGGGGGAGGUUCGUUUCGGGACGACGAUGACAUCAAUGAUGUCGCCUCGAUGGCGGGAGUAAACUUGUCAGAAGAAAGCGCGAGAAUAUUAGCCACAAACUCUGAACUAGUGGGCACGCUCACGAGGUCUUGUAAAGACGAAACGUUCCUCCUCCCAGCUCCUUUACAAAGAAGAAUAUUAGAAAUAGGUAAAAAACACGGCAUCACGGAGUUGCAUCCAGACGUAGUAAGUUACGUGUCACACGCCACGCAGCAGAGGCUGCAGAAUCUUGUGGAGAAAAUAUCCGAGACGGCGCAGCAGAAGAACUUCUCCUACAAGGAUGAUGACAGAUACGAGCAGGCAAGCGAUGUCCGGGCUCAGCUCAAGUUUUUUGAACAGCUCGAUCAAAUCGAAAAGCAGAGGAAAGAUGAGCAGGAGAGAGAAAUCCUGAUGCGGGCCGCCAAGUCUCGAUCCAGACAAGAAGAUCCAGAACAAUUAAGGUUGAAACAGAAAGCAAAAGAGAUGCAGCAACAGGAGCUGGCCCAGAUGAGACAGCGAGAUGCCAACCUCACGGCCCUAGCGGCCAUCGGGCCCAGGAAAAAGAGGAAAGUGGAUUCUCCAGGACCGGGAUCAGGAACAGAGGGAUCGGGCCCCGGCACGGCGGUCCCAGGCAGUUCGGGCGUCGGAACCCCCCGACCGUUCACGCGGCAGCGGAUCACGCGGGUCAACCUCAGGGACCUCAUAUUUUGUUUAGAAAACGAGCGUGAGACAAGCCGUUCCCUGCUGCUCUACAAAGCAUUCCUCAAGUGACAGGAGAACGCGGCGUUGUGACGGGGACGCCUGGGACGUUUUUAUAUAUUUGCAGAUGACGCCUUUUUGUAACAAGCAAAUGGAAUAUUGUUUAAAAAAACAGCCACCUCUUUACAAUGGAACAGUUUUAUAUUCCUGUUUAUAAAUCAGCUCUUCAGUCUGAGAGAAAAUGCAUUUCUGUAGCAGAGAGAACUCAAGGCCUGUGGAUACUCCUAAAGGACAGUGAAAUCUGAGCUCAUCUUUGAUUGAGUGGCCUUCUUGCCAAACAAGCCAUAUAAGACUGAUGGGGUUGCUAGCCAGUAGCAGCUGCCUUCUGUCAGCGCGUCCCUGUGUCCACGUUACAUGUGCGUUUGGUUAAUUCCAGCUAACUUACGACACGGGCACAUGUCUACAGCCCCAUGACCUCAUCUCACGUAUUUUAUUUU